AGCCCUGGAGGGACAUUUAUUAUUUAAAAUUUAGUACUUAAAAUUUAUUACUUAUUACCUAUUAUCUAUAACUUAUAACUUAUUAUUUAAAGAUUAUGACUUAUUAUUUACAUAUUAUCUGAACCGCGCUAUAUUUGGCGGGAGAAACAAGAUGUUUUAAUUGAGGCGAUGACCGAAAAGGAUGAAGUUGAGGAUCAGUUACAGAUGGAUCGUACAAAGCGGAAACAGAAGUUACAGCAGCUAGUACAAAGCAUAAAGGCCACUAAAAAAACUGAAAGGCAAUCUCUUUCAAAGCACACGAGUCCUUAUACUAGAAGUGAUCGUGGGCGUGGAAGGAGGUCAGAAUACAAGGUGCCCAUAGGUUGGCAACAUUUUAGCAAAGGGAAAUACAGAAUUGUUAUGCAAAGGAAUGGAGGUGGUACACGAUAUAUAUACAAGAAUUCUGAUGAAGAAGUAACAGUAGAUGAAAUACUCGUAGAAGGGAAAGCAUUUUACUUUAAGGAUGGCAAAAGCAAGUUUGGUUUAUUAGAGGAAAUGGCUGUUACGCUUGUCACAGCUUCUGGACAAGAAAUUUCAGGCUUCACAGACAGAAAUGAUCUGCCCUGUUGCUUCACAGAGUAUGUUAAAGCUUAUGGACUGUACCCAUCUCAGUGUCAUUUAUACUUAAGAACGAAAAUCAAAUCAGAAUCGGAUACAGAUAAAUGUUUAAAAACAAAAGAAGAAAGUCCGUGUUUUCUUGUAAACAACAUUAAAGCUGGGUUGCUGGAAAUAUCAUAUGAGAAAAAAACACAAUCUGUAUAUGCUGAUACAGGAAGUUCCAUUUUCAUUAAAUCAUACAGAACUGCUAUGUCUUUGGCAAAAGAUGAUCUUGAAGAAUACAAUGUUUUCAAUGAUGGCUAUUCAGUAAUUAGUGUACAGAAAGACAAUAAAGAAUAUUUGGUAGACAAGGAAAAUGUUUACUAUUUCCCACAAGUCAAUUUUGAUCCAAAUCAAGUUGUUUGCUUCAUUCAUGGACCGAAUAUUAUUCAUGGGAGUGAAACUGACGACUUGAAUCAUCUUAUUAUAGGAUGCCUGACAAUAUUUCAUAUUAUUUUCAAUAUAACAUGCUAAAGUCCUUUUAAAUACAAAAAAAAUCAAUUUCAGUAUAUCAAAAAAUCUCAGUUGAGUUCCUUUAAGAAUUAGCUUUUGAGCUUACAGAAAUUAUUAAUACACACUUAUGUUUAUAUACUAUACUCGUUUUGUUAAAAACCUUGUGUUAAAUAAAGGUAUUAUAAAUUUCUACAAAUAUUUAUUGUCAUUUCUUAAGAGAAAUUGUAACUACAUUUCAUUAAAAUAUUUAUUCCCAUUAUUGCACUAAAUCAUCCCUUACGAGUGAAAUAUAAGAAAAGCUGAAAGAACUUUCGCCAUACUGAAGUCAUUUUAUGGUAGUGGGAUCUCGACUUUUAAUGUUUAAUUGUUUUGAAUAGAUUGCAGAUUAUGUUUUGCUUGGUCGUGUGGGGUUGUGUUCAUUGAACGCUGCCUUUCUUUUGUGUUCUUGUUUUCCGUAUUAAAGUGAAUUAUAUAUUGUAGUUUUUAUGUAGGAAAAGUUGUCGGUUACAUUUCAAAAGCUUAAU